UUAUUUUAGCAGGUUAACCAAAGGCCCAAUUGCCAUAGAAGGCAAAGAUUGAAGCUAUCCUCUCCGCUUCUUGUCUCAAGAACUCUAUUUUUUGCUGAGAAGAGUUGCCGCCUGCCUUCUUUAUAUUUUUUUUUCUUGAUUUUUCAAUAAAUAUGUAUGAAUGAUCUAUAAUUUUUUUUUCCAUGGAUUUAAUUACCUUCUACUCCUAUUGGAGAUUUUAGCCUGUUAUGGCUUUUACUUUCCACUUCCCUUCUUCAUAGACCCACUCCUCCAGUUGAACAACGGGGCUUCAUCGUAACCUUCGUCCGCCUCAGUUUAUGUUGGUGGGCUGGUGGCCUCAGAAACCUCAUCAAUGCUUGAAGGAGAUGGACGAUUGUUUUUUGUAAGGAAAGAAAGACAAGAACCCACGGGUUUCCUUGCUUAUAUCCAAUUGUUGCAGUGUAAUUUUCCAAUGCCUGGAGCCUGAAGUUCACACUCACUUAAGGAGAAACUUUCCUCCAAGGACACAGAGCAGUGUUGACUUGAUUAGGAGUAACCAAGCUUAGGAAUCAUCAAUGCCUAGCCCAAGUGAAAUGGAACCCAACGCCAAUCGUCGUCUCCGGUGGCUGCCGGAGAGACCUUCUCAGCAUUUCUUCAAGAUAAUCCUUCCCAGUACCAUCCAUGAAAAAAAGCUGAGGAUUCCAAAUAAAUUUGUGAGCAAAUUUGGGGAUGAACUUUCUGAUUUUGCUAAUAUCAUCGUCCCCAAUGGUUGUGCUUGGAAAGUGAGAUUAACAAAAGAUCAGAAAGGCAUUUGGUUUGAUGAUGGUUGGCAAAAUUUUGUAGACCAUUAUUCGAUCAACAGUGGAUACUUUCUGGUCUUUGGAUACAGAGGUUUCUCCAAUUUUAGCAUUGUGAUACUUGAUGUGAGUGCCAGUGAAAUUGAGUAUCCACAAAACGAUGACGGAUCUAUCUAUGGUGAGAAAUGCUUGGUCCAUCAUCAGAUUGAAAUGGAGAACAAUAACUCUAUCUUAGAUUCUACACUUCCAUCCCCUCAUAGUUCUUCUCUGAAAAGCAAUGUUUGUGGGGUAAGUGAAACAAAAGGAGAAUCCGGCAGAAGGUAUACUCCACUGAAGAAUCGUGGGAGGAAGAAGCGAUUUGAAGCUGUUCCUUCAAUGGGGAGCCCAUAUUUUAAGAACAUUUAUAACAGAAGGAGCAAAAAAAUUAAGAUGGAAGAGCUGCUUGAGAUAGAAAGUGUUGAUGCUAAUGAAUCAGGGAGAGGGAAAUUCGACAAAUUCGCAAUUUCUAACUCACAUGGGCCCUUGGUUGAAACCAAUGACAGCACAAAAUCCGAAGUUGAGCUUGGAGAAAAUGAGUUGCUGGCUAAAUGUGAAGAAGAUGUGGAAAUUAUAACCAGCGAAAUGUUUGGGUUCAAGAAGACAUUCCCAGAAAGUGAGAAGGCAAUUGAGGCUGCUAGAAAAUUCAAGCCUAAAUGUCCAUCUUUCAUGGUUGUUUUGCGGCAAUAUAAUUUCAAUAAUAUGCUGUAUGUGCCGUCUCGAUUCGCUAAAACUUAUUUAAAUAGAUUUCACAAGCACAUUAAACUUCAGGGUUCUGAUGGAAAAGAGUGGAUAGUGCUUCUUCUUUGGAAAUCAUGGGGACGGGUGGACUUUGGCAAGGGAUGGAACGCGUUUUGCAGGGAGAAUAAUUUGCAGGGAGGAGAAGUCUGUGUCUUUGAGCUGAUAAAGAGUGAUGUGCUGAAAGUUUCUCUGUUUGGUGCAGUCCAAGAUGUCAAGCCUGAGAACUGAUUGCUUUAUCAUCGAAGAGCGACAUACGAUGAAGAAAAUCUUCUCAACAAUAAAAUAUCUCAUCAACUCCAACACAAGAAUCCUGGCAGUUGUUGUUUUUCUGGGUUACAUUUUGUAAUGCAUAUCAGUAGUUUGAAGCUAAGGAAUGCCUUCCGAAUUGAAAUGCUGGCUAGAAGGUGAAUACAUGUAAAGUUUUUAGUUUUUUUUUUCCCCUCAAUGUAUGUGAGAUAAAAAAAACUUUGCAAGUGAUGACAGUAUAAAAAUGAUCAAAUCAGGCAUGAA